AUGGGGAAUGAUAGUUCUUUUGCAACUGUGGAGAUUACCGUGCAUCCUACCAUUUUCCCAAGAGCUGGAUAUGGAGUCUUGGCUUUCCUGAUGUUUCUUAAUGCUUUAUUUUCAAUAUUUAACAAUUUUUUGGUUAUUGCUGUAACGCUGAAGAAUCCUCAGCUCCGUAACCCCAUCAACAUAUUCAUUCUCAAUGUCUCCUUUUCAGAUCUUAUGAUGUCCCUCUGUGGCACCACCAUUGUUAUAGCUACAAACUACCGCGGAUAUUUCUUCCUGGGAAAGAGGUUCUGCACUUUCCAGGGAUUUGCUGUCAAUUAUUUUGGUAAGCAAAAUAGCUAGAUAUUUCUGCUGCUGCUUAUUGCUGUUAUAAUUAAAAUACAUUUAUAUCCUGCCUUUCAUGGCAAACCCCCUUAAGAGGGUUUGCACAGAUAAAUAACAGUACAAUUUACAGUUAAAAUACCUUUAAACAGACAAGUCGACAGCAAUAUCAAGUCGACAAAACCAGAAUAAACAGCCAAACAUUUAGUUCCCUCUUGAAUGACAACUGAUGUGAGAUCUUUGGGUUUUAUUAUGCUAAAUGAAAGAAGGUCAUGAAGGUGCUUUGUAGUUAAAAAAAAGAAUAAAUGUAAGUUUUUAAAAAAAAUUCUGGAACAUCCUGGCCCAAUCCUAACUUGGAAUUCAAAUGACUAAUUUUGUUGUUGUUUCUAAACCACUACUCAAAGUGUGUAUAAGCACACAGACCUUUUUCAGAAUAAGUCCCACUGAAAUAAGUAUGACAGACAUUUGAGUAAACAUAGAUAGGAUUGGGUAGCACAGCCGAAAUUUUAAGCUCAUUUAUUGUGCUAUCCUAUACUUUUCUACUCGGAAUUAUGUCUCAUUGACUCCCGUGGGAUUUACUCCCAGAUAUGUGUGCAUACGGUUGCAAAAGUACAUCCCAUUGAUUUCGAAUUUUUUUGGAAUUUCCUAUGAAAUAUGAUCAACAGUAUUGAAAUGUGGAAUAUUGUGGUUUGAUGAUUCCUAGCAUUUUUUUUGCCUUUCUUAUUAUCUUCCAGGAAUUGUUUCUCUUUGGUCCCUGACCAUUUUAGCUUACGAAAGAUACAAUGUGGUCUGCCAGCCUCUGGGAACUCUCCAGAUGAGCAAGAAGAGAGGUUACCAGCUCCUUGGUUUCAUCUGGGUUUUCUGUCUCUUCUGGGCUGUGGUCCCACUCUUUGGCUGGAGUUCUUAUGGACCCGAAGGAGUCCAGACAUCAUGCUCCAUUGGCUGGGAAGAUAGAUCUUGGAACAACUAUAGCUUUCUGAUUGUAUACUUCUUGUCCUGCUUCUUUAUCCCUGUCCUGAUCAUUGGGUUUUCAUAUGGCAAUGUCAUUAGGUCACUGCGUGGGGUAAGUAGUCAACUGUUUCCUCCACCCCAUUCCACCUCUGUCCCCGUUUGCUGACCAAUGCCACCUCCAUACUUUUCUGUCACCGAGCCAAUUUAUUCUUGGUGUUAAUGCAUCCACAAGUUUGCAGCCUAAAUGAAAGCCCAUAGGAUUCCUGGCUCUUUUCAUAUUUGUAUCCAGUCAAUGUCAGUGUCAUCAUGUAAAACAGUGCAGACUUUUAUAGAGCUUUUUUUUUUUUUAAAAAAAACUUGCAUACAGCUAUAUAAGCAAUGGCCAGAUUUUUUUAAAUACCAGAAAAUUCCUUUUAUGUUUCAGUUCCCAUCUGAAGGCACUAUAGAGUGACUUGACCAAAGCAGUUUAGGCAAUUAUGGCCACAUUAUCUUUGCAUUUGAGGUUAAAAAUCAAAAUCAUGUGCAUGCACAUAUACAACUCAAGAGCAUAACUCUUUUAAAAAAAGAUACACAAGUCUAGGGCUGCAAAAUGGUGCCCCGUCUAGAAACUGUCACUCAAAGCAAGUGUUAAAUGAUGUGAAGAUCAUGUCCCUUUAUGCUAAAGCCAAUUCUGAAGCCUAGUAGCUUAGUAUGUGCUGCUGGCGUUUAUUUCAAACUUUUCUGCUUUCUAGAGUUCCUCCAAGAAAUUUACAGCAUGGAAUCAAAAUAACAGCAGCAUUUAAAAGCUCAAUGAUGAAAUUGUAGUAAGAGCAAAACACAAAAAAUUCAAGGACAUACAUGUAGUUUAUCAGAAGAGACGCCCAGACUGCAAUAAGAGCAAUGGUGAUUUGGAAGAUAUUAGCUUUCAUUCAUGCACCUUGUAGAUGUACAACAUGCAGGCUUUAAUGUAGACAUAGGAUUUGCAUGAGUCCAAACAUAGCUGAAUAAAUGCCUCUAUUGAAUGGCUAAUACUGUUGAUUUGAUUUAACAGCUAAAUAAGAAAGUUGAAGAAAUGGGAGGAAAAGGGAAUCCGGAAGAAGAGUUUCGGGCCGUAAUUAUGGUGCUUGUGAUGGUGGUGGCUUUUUUGGUCUGCUGGCUGCCAUACACAGUCUUUGCUCUUACUGUUGUUAUUGACCCAGCCCUGAAUAUUUCCCCUCUGGCUGCAACCAUCCCAACAUAUCUCUCCAAAACAAGCCCAGUAUACAACCCAAUCAUCUACAUUUUCUUGAACAAACAGGUAUUGCACUGUCUUUUGUAUAUUUUGUGGGCUAGUUACUUUUAUAGUGAAUUUCAUUUUGUAGAUUAAGUUGCAGGCUUCCAACUUCAAAUCUACUAGUCGCUGUAGAACCUUUGUUUGGGCAACCCUAUUCUCCCCUUCCUGUCCCUCAACAGGAUUUUUGAAAUUAUUUAUCUAGGUGAGACCUUAUAUACAUUUGCACAAGCAUACUGACUGGGACGCGGGUGGCGCUGUGGGUUAAACCACAGAGCCUAGGACUUGCCGAUCAGAAGAUCGGCGGUUCGAAUCCCCGUGAUGGGGUGAGCUCCCGUUGCUUGGUCCCUGCUCCUGCCAACCUAGCAGUUCGGAAACACGUCAAAAGUGCAAGUAGAUAAAUAGGUACCACUCUGGCGGGAAGGUAAACAGCGUUUCCGUGUGCUGCUCUGGUUCGCCAGAAGUGGCUUAGUCAUGCUGGCCACAUGACCCUGAAGCUGUACGCUGGCUCCCUCAGCCAAUAAAGCAAGAUGAGCGCUGCAACCCCAGAGUCGGUCAUGACUGGACCUAAUGGUCAGGGGUCCCUUUACCUUACUAACUGGGCAAAAGGCAAUUUGUACACUUUCACAUGCAGAAUCCUCUUUUGGGUCUGCUCAUGCAUCAGGAUUUCUGGAUCCAGUAGCAGGACUCUUGUGUGUGUGUUGUUUCCCCCACGGCUGGACCAUUUCCCCAGAUGGUUGGCAUUGCCACUGCUGGGUUGACUCUGGGAUGACUCCAGUGAAGUCAUUGCAUGAGCAGAGUGACUUCCGCUCACGCAAUAGAACUUCUCCUUCUCCUCCCUCCUGCAUUCCCUGCUCUGGGGUGGGGGAACCCCCAAGGUAGAUUUGGGAAGGUUAUGGGGGGUACACGAGUUGAGCAGAAAGAGAAGUUCCAUUGCAUGAGGGGAAGUUGUUUGAACCCCACCCAGAGUCAAACAAUUAACCCUGGUCAGCCCAAAUAGAAAGGGCCUUGCAAUAAUUCUGAAAGAAGCUCAUAUGCAUUGUACUCUGGUGAACAAAAAAUGGAUAGGAAGACCUUGUUGAAAGACCACAGGAUGACAUGUACACUGUUUCCAGUUAGCAGAAUAUAAUAUAACUUAGAGUUAUACCCAAAAGGAACGCUAUCUCACUGUGACAGCACAAAAGCACAAGCAUAUUGAUUUUCCUUUGUUUUCGUUUUGCAGUUUCGUGAGUGCGCGGUUGAAUUUAUAACCUGUGGCCAAGUUGUUCUGGCAAAACCAGAUGAAGAGAUUUCGACAUCCGCAGCUCCAGCUGAACCCAAAACUCCUUGUAAGAUCAACCAAGUGACUCCAGUCUGA